AUGCGACGACAUCAUGGACGAGCCCUGUCACCCUACCAUGGCCGCACGGCCUCUCCUCCUUCCGCAGAAGUCUCCUUGGUCCGCAGUUUUGACUCCAAGAUCAAUCCGUCAAGACCUGCCAGACAAUCCCCUUUAGCAACCUCUCAGAUACAGGGUAUGCCGUUAGAUUUGAUCGACCGCAUUCGUUCAUUUCCUCUAUUCCAAGCCACCUCCGAUGACUUCCUAGCCGACAUUGGUCUCCUCCUCAAACCCCAGCUGCACAACACAAAUGACUACAUUAUCACCGAAGGUGAAGAUGCCAAGGCCAUGUAUUGGCUUGUCCGGGGCGCUGUUGCUGUGACAUCUCGGGACGGCGAAAGCACCUUUGCUGAACUAAAACCCGGUGCCUUCUUUGGAGAAAUCGGGAUCCUUAUGGAACGUCCUCGCACUGCAACAGUGGUUGCGCGAACAAGAUGCAUGGUGCUGGCGCUGAAGAAGGAGGACCUGAAAAAGAUACUACCGAAAUAUCCCGAUGUGGAACAUGCCAUUCGAGACGAGGCCUUGGAACGGCUGACGCAGCUGGAAAAGAAAAAGAGACAAGUGCUGCUCGGCAUGGAAGACGUCCCGAAUCACGAAAGAAGAGGCUCUAAGAGAGCCAGAACGACAGUUGGCGAGGAUGUAUAUAUGAGAGACAAUGACGGCAGUGUCACCAGCUCGAACAAGCGGCGCAAAUCUCCUAGCCCCGGUACAAAUGAGGUGUCAACAGCAAGCGCAUUGGGACAUGGUCUCGUUAACAUCCGCGCGACCUUGAAGGAACUGCCACUGUUCGCCUCUCUGCCUUCGGAUAUUCUCCACUUUCUCGGUCUCAGUGCCCAACCCAGAAGCUUUGCACCCUUUACAGACAUCAUCAAACAAGACACUCGAGGUCGCGAGGUCUAUUUCAUUGUCCGUGGGGAGGUUGAGGUGUUGGAUGAGAGAAAUGUGUCGUCUCCCAAGCCACACAGAGCCGGAGAACCCAACGGGGUGCUGGGUACCCCACGGGUGAUAGCUCGGCUCCGGCCAGGACAAUACUUUGGUGAGGUUGUGAGUCUGUCGCUCGCAGAUCGUCGGACAGCUACUGUGCGAUCGGUAACCCAAGUUGAAUGCUUGAUGAUUUCGGAAAAUGUGCUGGCGGAUUUUUGGCACCGCUGUCCAACGAGUGUGCUGCGGCAGAUUGAGGAGACUGCGAAGCACCGAUUACAAUUAGCAUCGGAUAAUGAUGUUAUCAUGAACGAUGCCGACACAACACCUGAUAUUCAUGAUCUUGAAAUCCGGGACUCUAAAGAAACGAGGCAGAGGAAAGUCGUCACUGGACCUCGAGUAACGUUCACAGACACAGAGAUCAGUGCUUCUACACCAAUUGUUGCGACGGACGAACCGAACAACACCCUGGAACCUUCAGACCCCGAUCCUUUCUUGAGCGAGGGCCUAGAAAAGGUCAGAUCAAGAUCAAGAAGAGGCUCUCUUGCUCCACCGCCUCCCGAUGAGCCAUCUAAAGAUCAGAGACGCCGGUCGCCUCGAUCAUCACCUAUUACCACAACCCACCCAUCCCCCCGAAGCUCAGCAUCCGGAACCCCAUCCCCUACAUCCGAGUACAAAGGCAGCAGCGGCUUUCCAUUCUCCGAUCCUUUUUCUCCCGGGAGUCGGCCCAAACCCCGACCACGGUCGAGCCGCGGCCUGAAUCGGGGAAGGAUACCUGAUAGACUGCUGCCGUUGAUUCUGGAAUAUCUCGACCUGCACGACUUGAUGCGCUUACAAGGAGUGUCCCUCCACUGGCAGAAUGUUCUUAGUACUGCACCUAAUCUCCUUCAUCAUCUUGACCUAUCCCGCUAUAAUCGGAAAAUCACCGACGACAUACUAAUCAACCGCAUUUGUCCGUUUGUUGCAGAAAGACCCAGGUUUGUUGACAUCAGCAACUGCUUUCACAUCACUGAUGAAGGCUUUUCCGCGUUGGUCAACACAUGCGGAGCCAAUGUGCAGGGUUGGCGUAUGAAGAGCGUGUGGGAUGUCACUGCUCCAGCGAUUUUGGAGAUGGCGAACAAAGCUCGUGGGCUCAAAGAAGUCGACCUGAGUAAUUGCCGAAAAGUCAGCGACACAUUGCUGGCGAGAAUAGUUGGUUGGGUGGUUACCGCACAACCUCCAGCGCCUAGCAACCGCACAAAAGUCAACUCGCACCGUCCUGUACUCAACACCAAACUCAGUAACAACGCUCCUCCGCAGCAACCUCCCCCCGGGACGGUGAUUGGCUGUCCAGAGCUGAGUUCUAUCACUCUAAGCUACUGCAAACACAUCACUGAUCGGACCAUGGCUCACAUCGCAACGCAUGCGCACGACCGGAUCGUUUCGAUGGAUUUGACGCGGUGUACGACCAUAACUGAUGCUGGGUUUCAAUUCUGGGGCAAUGUCAAGUUUGAGCGGCUGAGGAAGCUGUGUUUGGCCGACUGCACAUAUCUCAGUGAUCAGAGCAUCGUGUGGCUCGUCAAUGGAGCGGGUAGUGGUCUGAGGCAGCUUGACCUGUCCUUUUGCUGCGCACUGUCUGACACAGCGACCGAGGUGAUUGCCUUGGGCUGUCCGAAUCUGACACACCUGAACCUCUCCUUUUGCGGCAGCGCUGUUUCCGACCCGAGCUUACGGUCAAUCGGCCUUCACCUGACCUCCCUUCGCGAGCUCGCAGUUCGAGGAUGUGUUCGUGUCACAGGGCUUGGGGUUCAGAGUGUGGUCGAGGGCUGCCAGAAACUCAAACUCUUUGACGUGAGCCAGUGCAAGAACCUGCAGCCCUGGCUGGUCAGCGGUGGGAUUGAGCGGUGGCGAUCCAUGGGCCGAGACGUGGAAUUUAUCGUCGUCAGCUCAGGAACGAAGCUGGUCCGAUGA